ACAACUGGGGGAAUGACCCGAACGGGUCGUGUGACAGUCUGCAGUCGUGGCUGUGACUCGGUAUAAGACAUAUCCUGUAUAAAAUGGGUGCCGGGAGGAGUCAAUUUACCGAGGAAGAAUUACAAGAUUAUCAAGAUCUCACAUAUUUUUCAAAAAAAGAAGUGCUAUAUGCUCAUCAAAAAUUUAAGGCUUUAGCACCAGAAAAAGUUGGUCACAACAGAAACGCGAAAUUGCCGAUGCCAAAAAUUUUGCAAUACCCCGAAUUGCGAGUGAAUCCAUUCGGUGAUCGAAUUUGCAAAGUUUUUAGCUCGAGCCAAGAUGGCGAUUGUACGUUCGAGGAUUUUUUGGAUAUGAUGUCCGUUUUUAGCGAUGCCGCGCCAAAAGCUGUGAAAGCUGAACAUGCUUUUCGAAUUUUUGAUUUUGAUGGUGACGACAUGCUGGGUGUCGGAGACUUGCGACAAGUAGUCGACAGACUUACAGCACCGCAGAGACUUAACGAAACCGAUAUGCAAAGAUUGCUGCAAUAUUUAUUGGACGAAGCGGAUCUCGAUGACGAUGGGGCCCUAAGUUUUGCUGAGUUUGAGCACAUUAUUGAAAAAAGCAGUGAUUUUUCAAAAACCUUUCGCAUACGCUUGUGAAAUUGAGAUUGUGAUUACCGAAGUGAUAUUUCAAAAUGUUGAAUCUCACAAGAAAGAUAUUAAUGACAUACAAUUUUGGGAAAAAAAUAGUCAACAUCAAGACUGAUAGGAAAAAAAGAUUAAUGAUAAUUUCGUCCUGUAAGUGCGUUAAGGCCUAAUGGUUCAUUCACAAUAGAAAAACCCCAAUGGUCACAAAGGUGCAAUCCGAUACAAAAGUUGUAUUCGACGAUGACGAUUCGAGGCUUUAUUGAUUGAGGGAUGGAAAAAUGUAAAAGAAAAAUCUCAACUUGCAUGAAGAAAACUUUGAGUAGAUUGAUUAUGCUCUUACAUCUACAAAACCCCAUAAAGGGUGUUCUUCAAGAAAAGCAUUAUUUUUUUUAUUAGGCAAACUGCCAGACUUUUACUGUCACUCUGGGCCUAACUCGUUGUUUAUUUAUUCAUUCUAUAAAUAUUGUAUAUUAUUUUUUCCAACCCUUUUCUUUUCAUACCGAAUAAAUAACGGUGUAGUCCGAUAAAUCAAUUUCACUACAAAAACGAACAAUACAGAACCAGCACAAAAAUAACGUCAGACGAGCUCGUUUUGUAGAGACGUCGAUGUUUUCAAACUGAAUUGAAAAUCUGCCAAACAAUGCUUCCCAAAAAAAUGUUGAAAUGAGCUGAAAAUUGAGGAGUGGUUUUUCUGAUAGAGAACUUUUGCCAUAUUCCAAUUUUCAAUAUGUGACGAUAUAAACAUUGCGGAAGUAAAUCUAUGAGAAAAUAUAAUUCAGCAAUUUUACAUUCUCAUUUAUUUCCAGUGUCCUCUCCGCCAAGAAUAAUAAUUAGAACAGAAAAAUUUCUUCACAGUUGUCACUCAUGCCAAGCAUAUUUUUUGGCGCAUACAUUUAAGAGAUUUUUAAUAUUAUAUACUAUAUAUACAUAGAUAUUGUAGACGAAUUUAAUGCAAGAAUAACUGAUCAAUGGAAGAAUUUUUGAAAAUCAUAGUCUAUGAAAUUGUGAUAAUCUCCUUGUAAAAUGACCAUGUGGCCAAUUUAACCUUUAGAGGAUGGGACUGGUCCCUUUAGGAACCUCCUGCUCGGUCGGAGACUUGUCCUGAGGUAUACAUUCGAUUUAUAUAUGAAUUACACGAUUUGAACUGAAAAUUUUCCGUCCUCUAAAGGUUAAAUCAUAAAAUAAUAAAAAAAAUUCGUGGUUUCGCGCGAAGAUUGAAGUACCGCACAAUUCAACUUAUUUUCCAGGGCAAAUAUUGAAUUGAUUGAUGAAGUAUAAUUGAAAAAUAAAACAAAUAUACAAUGA